CGCUACAAAUCUCACUCGCAUCGCAUCCCAUCCCAUCCCAUCGCACCGCGCAAAACCCUAACCCAAAGGCAAGGGAGAAGAGGAGCGGACGCCAUGGAUGCUUCUCGCGUUGGCGAGCUCCGCACUUUCGUGGAGGCCUGCAAGAAGGACCCCUCCCUCCUCGCCGACCCCAACCUCGCCUUCUUCCGCGACUACCUCGAGAGCCUGGGCGCCCACCUCCCCGCCGCCGCCUUCACCAAGGCCACCCCCAAGCCCAAGCAGCCGUCCUCCAUGGAUGACAUCGACGAUGAAUACGACGACGACGACGACGACGAUCUCAACAUGAGGGAUGCCACUCCGGAGCCGGACGAGCUUGACCAGGACAUCGUCGAGUCCGAUCUUGAACUUGAAGGAGACAUUGUCGAAUCUGACCAUCAGGACCCUCCGCAAAAGAUGGGAGAUCCUUCUAUUGAUGUCACCGAGGAAAAUCGUGAUGCCUCACAGGAGGCCAAAAGCAAGGCCAUGGAAGCAAUGUCAGAAGGGAAACUGGAAGAAGCUAUUGACCAUCUUACAAAGGCAAUACUGCUCAAUCCACUCUCAGCUAUCAUGUAUGGUACUAGAGCUUCUGUGUUUAUCAAAAUGAAGAAACCUGUUGCUGCCAUCCGUGAUGCAAAUGCUGCUCUAGAGAUUAACCCAGACUCUGCAAAAGGCUACAAAACUCGUGGAAUGGCUUAUGCUAUGCUUGGAAAAUGGGAGGAAGCUGCCCAUGAUCUUCACACAGCAUCGAACAUGGAUUAUGAUGAUGAGAUCAAUGCUGUGCUCAAGAAGGUGGAGCCUAAUGCACACAAGAUAAUGGAACAUCGCAGGAAAUAUGAACGGCUGCGAAAAGAGAGGGAAGAAAAGAGAGCUGAGCGUGACCGAUUCCAUCGACGUGCAGAAGCACAGGCUGCUUAUGACAAGGCCAAGCGGAAGGAGCAAUCAUCAAGUCGCUCAUCGGGAGGUGCAUCUCCCAGGGGGGGCUUCCCAGGAGGGAUGCCUGGUGGAGGUUUCCCAGGAGGAAUGCCUGGUGGAGGUUUCCCAGGUGGUAUGCCUGGUGGAGGUUUCCCAGGUGGGAUGCCUGGUGGCUUCCCUGGGGGUGCUAUGCCUGGAGGUGUUCCUGGGAAUGUCGAUAUGAGUAAAAUUCUGAAUGACCCUGAUCUGAUGGCAGCAUUUGGUGACCCUGAGGUUAUGGCAGCUCUUCAAGAUGUGAUGAACAAUCCUGCCAGCUUUGCGAGGCACCAAGCCAACCCCAAGGUGGGCCCCAUCAUUGCAAAGAUGAUGGCGAAAUUCAAUGGGUCCCAGUAAACGUUUUGAGUGAGCUGAUGGUAUGAGUAAAUUGUUAUUUGGCAAUAUGGUGUCAAGUGUUUUGUGAUGAGCAAAAGCACGUUGGACGGUCUCUUGUUAGGUGCUACUCUUUUUUGUGAAUGUGGUAUUAAACGGUGGAUGUAUAUGCAGAAAUACUUUUCAUCGGGCUGCUAACUCUAUAUUACUUCUUUUAGAGGUGCGACAAUGAGGAUUUGGAGAUAUGAUUUGUUGACAGUUGUCGCAUUCAUUCAUCUA